CGACGUGCCGGAAGUGCUCGCUCCCGGGUUGUUUCUGUUUGCAGUCGGCGGAGGAGAUGCUCCGGGAGGCCGAGUGCGGGAAGCAGGAGGACUGUUAGAAAGCAGGCGGCUCAGCGUGGGGCCCGGGCCGGGCGGCCGGGCCGCAGCCAGACCAUGAGCUACACCAGGCACUGGGGGGAACGGUUCCUGAACCUGCGGGUGCCCCCCGCCGGUGUGUUCGCCGUGGCCUUCCUGGCCCGGGUCGCCCUGGUUUUCUACGGUGUCUUCCAGGACCGGACUCUGCUGGUGCGGUACACCGACAUCGACUACCAUGUGUUCACGGACGCCGCGCGUUUCGUCACGGAAGGGCGCUCGCCUUACCUGAGGGCGACGUAUCGCUACACGCCGCUCCUGAGUUGGCUGCUCACUCCCAACAUCUACCUCACCGAGCUCUUCGGCAAGUUUCUCUUCAUCAGCUGCGAUCUCCUCACCGCCUUCCUCCUAUACCGCCUGCUGCUGCUCAAGGGGCUAGGGCGCCGCCAGGCCUGUGGCUACUGCGUCUUCUGGCUGCUUAACCCCUUACCCAUGGCGGUGUCGAGCCGGGGCAACGCCGACUCCAUCGUGGCCUCUCUGGUGCUCACUGCCCUGUACUUAAUAGAGAAGCGGCUGAUCGCGUGUGCCGCGGUGUUCUAUGGCUUCGCGGUGCACAUGAAGAUGUAUCCGGUCACUUACAUCCUCCCCAUAGCGCUCCACUUGCGGCCCGAACGCGAAAGCGACGAGAGUCUCCGGCAAGCCCGCUACUCCUUCCAGGCUCGUCUGUACGACUUCCUGAGGAGGCUGUGUAGCUGGGCGGUGCUGCUCUUUGUCGCGGUGGCGGGACUCACGGUUUUUGCCCUGAACUUCGGUUUUUACUAUAAAUACGGUUGGGAGUUUUUGGAGCACACCUACCUCUAUCAUCUGACCAGGAGGGACAUCCGCCACAACUUUUCACCCUACUUCUAUAUGCUGUACUUGACGGCAGAGAGCAAGUGGAGUUUCACCCUGGGCAUCGCCGCGUUCCUGCCACAGUUCAUCCUGCUUUCAGCCGUGUCCUUUGCCUAUUACAGGGAUCUGGACUUCUGUUGUUUUCUUCACACAUCCAUCUUUGUGACUUUUAACAAAGUUUGCACUUCUCAGUACUUCCUUUGGUACCUCUGCCUUCUGCCUCUGGUGAUGCCACUAGUGAGAAUCCCUUGGAGAAGAGCCAUAGCCCUCUUGAUGUUGUGGUUUAUAGGACAGGCCUUGUGGCUGACUCCCGCGUAUGUGCUAGAGUUUCAAGGCAAGAACACCUUCCUGUUUAUUUGGUUAGCGGGUUUGUUCUUUCUUCUGAUCAACUGUUCCAUCCUGAUUCAGAUUAUUUCCCAUUACAAGGAGGAACGCCUGAUAGAGAGGAUCAAAUAUGAAUGACGUGCGUUCUGGAUCUUCUGCAGCUUCUGUUACAUUCUGAUCAUUCUGUAUGGACUGGGAAAGCUUUGCAAGUUUUUCCUCCCUGAACAUUCUGAGGACUCUAGUGAACGUUCCCUCGUUCCAAUAGAAAUGAAAACCAGUGUUGGCCUUCUAUGUAAAGGGGACCCAAUAAUUGAGGUCCAAGUCUCAUCUGCUUGAGAGAAGUAAAGGUCCUUGUCUGACAGUCGGAAAGCCGAUGAAGCUAGAAGAUGCUCACAUGUUUUUGAACAGUAGAAAAGUCGACAUAAUGUCCCUAGCAGUGUUUGUUCCUGUCACACUGGGCCACUGUUGUCCCUUCAGCCCCCACCCUUCCUUUCUGCCGUGGUGACAGCUGUGAACAUUUACAGAGUUCCCAAAGUACAACAUUUUUUACAUAUAAAAUAUUAACACUACCAUGUGUGGUCGGGAAAGUUUGAAAUUUUUGUAUUGGGGCUUAGAGAUAAACAAUCCAAAGAAUUUAAA